UUAUACAUCCCGUCGCGCUCUCCCAUCCUCUUACCCCAUACCUCUCCUCUCCAUAAGUAUGCUACUUAGGGCUUGUCUUCUCUACUGGGGAGAUCCACGCUGCUGCAUUCAAUGCAGCAGGGGUCGAUUUAGCGGGUCUAGUGAAGAUCUGCUAAAUCGACGGCAGAGUGCUCUCCGGUCGACCCUGGUAUUCCAGCUCUCCGAGAAGUGUAAGGGAAGUCGACCAGAGAGCAUCUCCCGUCGAUGCAGCACAGUGAAGACACUGGGGUAAGUCGACCUAAGCUAUGUUGACUCCAGCUACAUUAUUUAUGUAGCUGGAAUCACAUAAUUUAGGUUGACUUACUGCGGUAAUGAAGACAAGCCCUUAGUUUUGAAGACAACAGACAUUAUUUUAAAUAUUGGCAUAUGGGAACUGCUUUUCUCCUGUGCCCACAGAAGUGUGAUUAUCUUAAAAAUUCGUGACUAUAUAACUUACACAAAAGUUGCUUAUUUUGCAAUCUAAUAACUAUUAUAAGAGAUUCUAUAAGAGAAACAGUCAUAGAGCAACACAGUACAGUGUAGUAGACACAUCAGUAAACUUGUUUGUUCCUUCACUUAGAGAAAUCUUUCUAUCUUUAGAUACACAUCUUUUUCCUUUUUAAUUUUUAAAAUUAAAGGUUCUUUCCACAUCCCAGAUGACUCAAUAAGCUUAGGGCUUCUGGGCCUGGCUCUCGGUUACAUUAAGGGCCUUUUACAGUGUUUGGGAGCAUAAAAGGAACUAAAAGUGUUUGUAAAUGGCUCUUGACAAUCCUCCUUGAACAAAGGACCUCCCUGGCUAGUGCAGAAGUGGCAUAAAGGUUCUGGCCUGGCCCUGCUCCCAGCCCAUAUCCCUGCUCCUUGAGUUGGGUGUGUGUCAAGGGAGUGACCAGAGCACACCACACUAUAGAAAUUCUCUGUUUCUCAGGUUCCAUGGAGAAUAGAACAUAAGUCAGAUAUGUCCCAAGAUAGCCCCAGCAUACGGGGAGCACAACGGUGGCUUAAAUUCACCUUACACCUCUCUCCGCUACCAGUUUCCUAUGUGCUUAGUUCUCCCCACCGUGGCUAAAAUGGAUUAAUUUCUAUAGCUUGCAUUAUGCUAGCUGGAAGAAACAGAUAUUUGAAUGUGGCUUGAAUAAGUAGGACAAAGGUUACAGAUGAGUCAGUUGCAGGUUUGAGUAACAUGGAGAAUGGUGGUGAUACUGAUGGUGACAGAGAAAGCACAGUAGACAGGGUUUUGGAGGGAUGAUAAGAAGUUUGACUUUGGACAUUUUAAGCUUAAAUUGAUUGUUAAACACCCAGGCAAUGUCAGAGAGGCUGAGAUGCCAGAUUGGAUGGAAAGAGGCACGAGUAUAGAUUUGAGAGUUGUCUACAUGGACAUGGCAGCUGAUACCAUAUGAGUACAUGAGAUCACCCAAAAAGAAAAAAAAUAAGAAUGAUAAAAGUAGGGGUGCAGGGCACAACUCUGUGAUACCGUUACAAACAGUGGGAGAGGAGGAUUCACUCAAAGAGAUGAAGAAGGAACAGUCAGAUGCAGGUGAACCAGGAGAAAACAGAAUUGCAGAAGACUAGGAUGAAGGAUGACAAGGAGGGGGUGAUUGACAGUGUCAAAGGUAGCGAAGAGGUCAAGAAAGGCAUGGAUGGAGUACAGACCUUGGGACCUAGCUGAGAAGCAGUUCUUAGAGACUUUUUGGUGAAAGCAGUUUAAAUGGAGUGGGUGUGGAAAACAGACUGGAAGAGAUCAAGGGAAGAGUUGGAAGAAGGGAGUUCAAGGCAAUGAUUGUAACCACAGCUUAGUGUUGAAGAGGAGAAUGAAGACAAAGUGGUAGUCUGAGAGGUAGGUUGGGUCAAGGAAUUUAUUUUGUGGAUGGGGGAGAUCACAGUAUGCUUGUAUUUAGAGGGGAAGGAGUUAGAUAAUAAUGAAAGGUUAAGGAGGGAGAAGGCUGUAAGGGGGAUAUGGGAGUUGAGUAGGCUGAAAGGAAUGGGGGGCUCAUGAUAGAUAGAGGGUUUAAAGGACAACAACGGGUAAGAUACCUCAGUUUUGGUCACAGGGUGAAAGAGGAAGGGGUAUAAGAGGUGGGAGAUGAGGAAAGAAGGAGUUUAUAGUGCAUCUUGUUGAUCUUUUCAUUGAAAAAUCUUGGGAAGAUCUUGUGCGGAGAGAGACAUGGGUGAAUGGGUCUGAGGAGGAAGUAGAAGGUGGUAAAUAGGAAACAGCUAUCAUGGACAUGGCAAUCAAUUUGAGUGGAGAAAUAGGUCUGUUUGGCUAGGAAUAUGACAAAACUAAUGGAGAUGAGAACAAACUUAUGCUCAGGAAACACUUUUUCUUCUGUUAUACUUCAUUUAAACUUAAGUUUCUGCAAGCUUUAUUUGCCAUAUACAUAUAUUUUUUUCUAAACAUAAUUUUAUAACUUACUUUGGAAUUUGCUGCCUCUUUUUCAUUUUAUUUUAGCAGUCAAAUCAAUAUAGUGGCUUCACUAUAUUUUGCCUCAGACAUAGAUUGAGAGGUAAACAAUUGAGCCACCAAAAAAGACUGAUAAUUGCCUCGUGUGUUUUGUGCUAUUUAGAUCGCAAUUUCAUCAGUACGAGGUCUAUAUUUUCUCCUCUGUUUUGUACAGGAGUAAGCAUACUGUCAAUUUUCAGAGUAACAGCCAUGUUAGUCUGUAUUCGCAAAAAGAAAAGGAGUACUUGUGGCACCUUAGAGACUAACCAAUUUAUUUGAGCAUAAGCUUUCGUGAGCUACAGCUCACUUCAUCGGAUGCAUACUGUGGAAAGUGUAGAAGAUCUUUUUAUACACACAAAGCAUGAAAAAAUACCUCCCCCCCACCCCACUCUCCUGCUGAUAACAGCUAAUCUAAACCCCUCCAACGCAUUAUUAAGGAUCUACAACCUAUCCUGAAGAAUGACCCAACACUCUCCCGAAUCUUGGGAGACAGGCCAGUCCUUGCCUACAGACAGCCCCCCAACCUGAAGCAAAUACUCACCAGCAACCACAUACCACACAACAGAACCACUAACCCAGGAACCUAUCCUUGCAACAAAGCCCGUUGCCAAUUGUGCCCACAUAUCUAUUCAGGGGACACCAUCACAGGGCCUAAUAACAUCAGCCACACUAUCAGAGGCUCGUUCACCUGCACAUCCACCAAUGUGAUAUAUGCCAUCAUGUGCCAGCAAUGCCCCUCUGCCAUGUACAUUGGUCAAGCUGGACAGUCUCUACGUAAAAGAAUAAAUGGACACAAAUCAGAUGUCAAGAACUAUAACAUUCAUAAACCAGUCGGAGAACACUUCAAUCUCUCUGGUCACGCGAUUACAGACAUGAAAGUUGCGAUAUUACAACAAAAAAACUUCAAAUCCAGACUCCAGCGAGAAACUGUUGAAUUGGAAUUCAUUUGCAAAUUGGAUACAAUUAACUUAGGCUUGAAUAGAGACUGGGAGUGGCUAAGUCAUUAUGCAAGGUAACCUAUUUCCCCUUGUUUUUUCCCAACCCCCCCCCCUCCCCCCCCCGACGUUCUUGUUAAACCCUGGAUUUGUGCUGGAAAUGGCCCACCUUGAUUAUCAUACACAUUGUAAGGAGAGUGGUCACUUUAGAUAAGCUAUUACCAGCAGGAGAGUGGGUUUGUGUGUGGGGGGGGGGAGGGGGUGAGAAAACCUGGAUUUGUGCUGGAAAUGGCCCAACUUGAUUAUCAUACACAUUGUAAGGAGAGUGAUCACUUUAGAUAAGCUAUUACCAGCAGGAGAGUGUGUUUUGUGCUAUUUAGAUCGCAAUUUCAUCAGUACGAGGUCUAUAUUUUCUCCUCUGUUUUGUACAGGAGUAAGUAAACUGUCAAUUUUCAGAGUAACAGCCAUGUGGGGGGAGGUAUUUUUUCAUGCUUUGUGUGUAUAAAAAGAUCUUCUACAUUUUCCACAGUAUGCAUCCGAUGAAGUGAGCUGUAGCUCACGAAAGUUUAUGCUCAAAUAAAUUGGUUAGUCUCUAAGGUGCCACAAGUACUCCUUUUCUUCAUACUGUCAAUACUGAACAAAUAUUGUACCAACAAUCAGCUACAGGGAAGCUGUAGGAUUACUGAAACAUAACUGUGCAGUCUUGCAGUUAUGGAAUUCCAUGCAUUGAUUGGUUCUGGCUGUCUGAUUAGCAUAAUCAUUGUAUCAUUAUUUCUCAGUAAUUACACAGCAUAUUAAUACCUGUACUAUAGCUAAUUACAUCUAUCAGCCAAUCCAAACAGAAGGAUUUGCAUAAUCUUGUAUUGUUUUUAAUAACCAUCUAGUGAAUAUGCAGUUGUUGUUACUGGCCGUUUUUGCCCCUUACACUCUGGCUGGUUCUUGUAGUCAGAUUUAAGCCAUUUAUCCAGCACACACACAAAAAAAGACAUUGCCUCAGCUUCUCACUCCUUGUAGCUGAAGUAGAGAACUCCAAGAUGAAUAGUGCUGGGGAAAUCCAAAGGCAAAGAAAAUUUCCCUCCAAGGUGCUAAAAGGGAAAAUGUGCUUCUCUUUGACUCAUUUCCCUCCUUGGGGCCCAGUCAUACUUCCACUGAAACUACUGAGAAAUUUGCAGGUGAUUUCAAUGGGAGGAAGACUGGACUCCUCUUCUCUCUCCCUACAGGUCAGCAGGGCUUUUGUUUCAGCAAAGACUUGUAUAUAUUUUGUUUUACGUUGGGAGAUUUCUGCCCCUGCCUCAGAGUUCUGACACAAACUGUAUUGUUACCUAGGAGGAGAAGAACCUUGCUGAGCUGUAGAAAAGAUGAAAAUGAGGAGGGAAGAAAAAAUGAUCAAAGUUAGGGCUCUCAAUUAAUUGCAGUUACUCAAGUGAUUAAUUGAAAAGAAACUAACUUGAUUAAAAAAUUAUUGCAGUUAAUCAGUUUUAAACACACUGUUAAACAAUAAUACAAUACCAAUUGUAAUUUAUAAAUAUUUUGGAUGCUUUUCUACAUUCAAUUUGAAUUACAACAUAGAAUACAAAGUGUAUAGUGCUCACUUUAUAUUAUUUUUAUUGCAAAUAUUUGCACAGUAAAAAGAUAAACAAAAGAAACAGUAUUUUUCAAUUCACUUCAUACAAGUACUAUAGUAAUCUAGUAGUAAUUUCUUUCUCAUGAAAGUGGAAUUUACAAAUGUAGAUUUUUUUGUUACAUAACUACACUCAAAAACAAAACAAUGUAAAACUUUACAGCUUACAAGUCCACUCAGUCCUACUUCUUUUUCAGCUAAUUGCUAAGAUAAAGAAGUUUGUUCAAAUUUACAGGAGAUAAUGCUGCCCACUUCUUAUUUACAAUGUCACCUGAAAGGAAGAACAGGCAUUCGCAUGGCAGUUUUGUAGCCAGAGCUGCAAGGUAUUUACAUGCCAGAUAUGCUAAACAUUUGUAUAUCUCUUCAUGCUUCAGCCACCCUUCCAGAGGACAUAUUUCCAUGCUGAUGACACUUGUUAAAAAAAAAAAGUGAUAAUUAAAUUUGUGACUGAACUCCUUGGGGGAGGAUUGUAUAUCUCUGGCUUUGUGGUUUUACUCACAUUCUGCCAUACAUUUUGUGCUAUGGCAGUCUCCGAUGACGACUCAGCAUAUGUUGUUCAAUUUAAGAACAGGUUUCAGGGUAGCAGCCGUGUUAGUCUGUAUUUGCAAAAAGAAAAGGAGUACUUGUGGCAUCUUAGAGACUAACCAAUUUAUUUGAGCAUAAGCUUUCAUGAGCUACAGCUUAAGAACAGUUUCACUGCAGAUGUGACAAAAUGCAAAGAAGGUGAAUGUGAGAUUUCUAAAGAUAGGUACAGCACUCGACCCAAGGUUUAAGAAUCUGAAGUGCCUUCCAGAAUCUGAGAGGGACGAGGUGUGGAACAUGCUGUCAGACGUCUUAAAAGAGCAACACUCCGAUGCAGAAACUACAGAACCCUAACCCCCAAAAAAGAAAAACAACCUUCUGUUGGUGGAAUCUAAUUCAGAUGAUGAAAAUGUAUGUGUAUCAGUCCCGCACUGCUUUGGCACAUUAUUGAACAGAACCUGUCAUCAGCAUGGAAGCAUCUCCUCUGGAAUGGUGGUUGAAGCAUGAAAGGGCAUACGAACGUUUAGCAUUUUUCGCAUGUAAAUACCGUCCAUGCUGGAUACAAAAGUGCCAUGGGAACGCCUGUUCUCAUUUUCAGAUGACAUUGUAAAUAAGAAGCAGGCAGCAUUAUCUCUCAUAAAUAUAAACAAACAUGUUUGUCUUAGUGAUUGGCAGAAUAAGAAGUAGGAGUGAGUGGACUUGUAGGCUCUAAAGUUUUACAUUGUUUUAUUUUUGAGUGCAGUUUAUGUAAAAAUAAUAGUGCAACUUAUAAAUGUAGAAUUAUUUUCACACUAAAGAGACUGCACUACAGUACUUGUAUGAGGUGAAUUGAAAAAUACUGUUUCUUUUGUUUAUCUUUUUACAGUGCAAAUACCUGUACUAAAAUAAUAAUAUAAAGUGAGCACUGUACACUUUAUAUUACUGUGUUGCAGUUGAAAUUAAUCUAUUUGAAAAAUGUAAAAACAACCAAAAUAUGUAAAUAAAUUGUAUUCUAUUAUUAACAGUGAGGCCAAAACGGCAAUUAAUCAUGAUAUUUUUAAUCUCACAAUCAUGAUUAUUUUUAAUUGGUUGACUGCCCUAGUCAAAAUGCAUGAUGAUUCUGACUGAACAGCGGGACUUAGCAGCACGUUAGCAGCCCACGUCGCUUGUAAUUUUGUUUUUCCUUUAAAAUGUAAUGGCUUUCCCCCUUAGCAAGACCGUAACCAUAUCCUGGGCUCUUAUCUUGCAGAAUUUCAUAGGUGCAGUCACGGGUUGGUUGUAGGGAAGGGCAUGAGCUGCCCCCACACUCCUCCUCCUCCACUCAGGGCAGGUCCAGGCCUCACCAGCACCCUGCUCCUUCCUCCCUGCGGUGGGCUCACACCUGCUGUCCCAGCGGCGGGCGGCCCCCGAGUUAAUGUAGGCGGGGGUGAGGAGCGGCGAUGCGGGGCGCACAGCUCUCCCCUUGCACCCAGGCAGCGCCGGUGCCUGUCUGGACGGGAAAUGCCCUGAUUUCUGUGCCUUCCCUUGUUGUUCUCGUUGACCGCGGUAGCUAUUCUGCCGGGCGUCGGGGCCUGCGUCUCCCACCUCCCCCGUCUCGGCGGGCCGGCCUGCUGCUCCUGCUCCGUCCGUGGGGCUGGCGGCGGGCCUCAGCAACCUCGGUCCCGGCGGCCUGUCGCCGGGCGUGACCUACCCAACAUGGCGGCGCACGCCGCCCCCUCACGUAGGCAGCCGGCGGAGCCUCCCCCGCGGGGCGGGGAGAGCAGUGGGAGGCUGGCUGGCUGGCUCUGAGACCGCAGCGGCCGGGGGCGGUGAGCUGCGACAGACGUUUGCCCGGCCCGCGGCGGCCGCACUGGGACAGAGGGAUCGUCGCAGCCGCCAGCAGCGGCAGCAGCCUCGGGGUGCGGUGGCCAGGCCCCGACCUUCCCAGGCAGGAGAAGCCGCCGCUGCCGGCAGCGGGAGCUGGAAAGCCCCGGCCGCCCCCGCCCCUGUUUCCGGGGGCACAGAGGCGUUGGUGGGUGUCGCCGGCGCUGAUCACCUGGGCUCCCCGCCCUCUCUCGGCCGGGGGAGCCGCGCUGCAGACGGGCAGGGCCGGGCAGCUGCGGUGCCGAGCGGGCUCGCCGGGGUGUUGCAACGGCUGCGGGACGGGGAGCCGCGGCGGCGGCAGCAGCAGCAAGAUGAACCCCAAUAUCACUUACGCCAAUCGCAAGCGGCGGAAACCCGUGCAGAAAAUAGUAAAGCCGUCCCCAUCUGAAGGAGCCAAGUCCAAUCCAUCCAAGAGACACAGAGACAGAUUGAAUGCAGAGUUAGAUCGCUUGGCUAGCCUCUUGCCUUUCCCACAAGAUGUUAUCGCCAAACUGGAUAAACUGUCUGUGCUUAGGCUUAGUGUGAGUUACCUGAGAGCCAAAAGUUUCUUUGAUGUUGCAUUAAAAUCUUCCAACUGUACCAGACCUGAGAUAAAUGGCAUUCAGGACAGCUGCAGAACAACUAAGCCUGGAGAAGGCAUACAUCUACUAGAAGGAGAACUUUUAUUACAGGCAUUAAAUGGCUUUGUGCUGGUUGUUACAGCAGAUGCGCUAGUCUUUUAUGUCUCUUCAACCAUCCAGGACUAUCUGGGGUUCCAGCAAUCUGAUAUUAUACACCAGAGUGUAUUUGAAUUGAUUCAUACAGAAGACAGAUCUGAGUUUCAGCAUCAGCUUCAUUGGGCGUUAAACCCUGCACAACCUUCGGAUUCUGCAGAGAGAAUACAAGGAGAUAAUGGCUUUUCACAGCCAGCAGCCUGUUAUAAGCCAGAACAGCUUCCUCCAGAGAAUUCUUCCUUUAUGGAAAGAAAUUUCGUCUGCAGAUUACGGUGCCUCCUGGAUAAUUCAUCUGGGUUCUUGGCCAUGAAUUUUCAAGGGAGAUUAAAGUUUCUUCAUGGACAGAACAAGAAAGGGAAGGAUGGCUCUCCUGUCUCUCCUCAGCUGGCUCUAUUUGCAGUGGCUACCCCACUGCAGCUUCCAUCCAUCCUUGAGAUACGAACCAAAAACUUCAUUUUCAGAACUAAGCACAAACUGGACUUCACACCUACAGGCUGUGAUGCAAAAGGAAAAAUUGUGCUGGGAUACACUGAAGCAGAGCUGUGUAUGAGAGGAACAGGAUAUCAGUUUCUUCAUGCAGCUGAUAUGCUUUAUUGUGCUGAGAAUCAUAUCCGAAUGAUAAAAACUGGAGAGAGUGGCAUGACUGUGUUUAGACUUCUUACCAAAGAAAAUGGAUGGGCCUGGGUUCAAGCAAAUGCACGCCUGAUCUACAAAAACGGAAGACCUGAUUAUAUCAUUUCAACACAGAGACCUCUUACGGAAGAAGAAGGGGAAGAGCAUUUACGGAAGCGAAACAUGAUGGUGCCUUUUAUGUUUGCAACUGGUGAGGCUGUGUUGUAUGAGGUAACUUUCCCUUUGCCUAGCCUAAUGGAUCCCCUGCAGACAAAAGUUAAAAGCACCAAGGGGAAAGGACCUCCUGCCAAAGCUACACUACAUAAAGAAUAUGUUGAUCCAAACUCACUUCUGGGUGCCAUGUUAAGACAAGAUGAGUCUGUAUAUCUCUGUCCUCCUGCUUCAGAUAAACUUUCUUUUGAGAGAAACUUGUUUACGGACACCAGCGAUGAAUUGGGCAACAUUGUUACCAGUGACUGGCAAGAUAAUCUCUUACCAACUGGAAAUAACAUCCUGAAACGGGAACAAAUCAACUGUCCCCAGGAAAGCAACUUAAUGCUUACUGAGGACAGUGCAGAGCUCUUUCAAGAUAAUAAAAAUAGUGACUUGUACAACAUCAUGAGAAGUCUGGGUAUUGACUUUGAAGAUAUAAAAUGUAUUCAGCAGGAUGAGGAGUUUUUUAAAGCUGAAUUUUCUUGUGUGGAUGAUAUUGGAGACAUCAACAUAACUGAUGAAAUCCUGACCUAUGUUGAGGAUUCUAUAAAUAAUAAGCCUGACUUCUUGUAUUCAGGUUGCCAUCAGCAACAGACAACGGUUCAGAACUCUGUCUGUUUGGUACAGCAACAUUUGGACAAACAGCAACUUAAUCAGCACCAAAAACAAGUGGUUGAGCAGCAGCAGCAGUUAUGUCAGAAGAUGAAGUAUAUGCAAGUCAAUGGGAUGUUCACAAAUUGGAACUCUGGUAGUAGUGUGCCUUUUAGCUGUUCACAGCAGCAGCCAGUGCAAUAUGUUUUUUCUGACAUGCAUGGUACUACUCAAGAGUUCGCUUACAAAUCAGAAGUCAACCCUCCACCUCAUGCAUGUAGGCAGGAGUUUAUGCCUUAUAAACAGCCCACAACCCCCGUGCCACAGCUCUCUAGUUUUACCCAAAUAGAUUUCCCCAUAGGACAUUUUGACAGAUCAAUCUAUCCUGGUUCUUCAAGCAUGGAGGAUUUUCUCAGUUGUUCACAACAAGUCCCCGAGAAUCAAGAGUGUGGAAUAAACUCUCAGCCAGUUAUGGUAACUCCUCAAACAUGCUAUGCAGGUGCUGUGUCUAUGUACCAGUGUGUUCCAGAAACUCAACCCAACCCUAUGGAUCAAAUGCAAUAUAAUUCUAUGAUGGAGGGUCAACUAUUGUUAAAUAAGUUCCAAAAUGGUUUCGGUGAAAUAAACUUACAUGAAGCAUAUCCCUCUCAGUUAGAUGUCAUCAAUAACACACAGACUGCUACACACCUUCAGCCGCUUCAUCAUCCGACAGAAUCCAGACCUUUCUCAGAUUUGGCAUCCAAUGGAUUUAUGUAAUUCAGAGCCAAUAUCCCAUCUGUGGUUUUUGAUGGCUGUCACUUUGGUCUGUGAAGGAGAGCUUGAUAAGGCUAUGAACACUGGGCUUUAAAGCCCCGAAUACAUUUUGAGUAGUUGAGGCUGGUUGCACUAUAUACCAAUAGGACAUGUAAUCCAAAACCUGACUUUUUGGGGUAGAAAUAGGAACUAUACUUUGACUAAAAGUGUGCAUGCGCUGUUGUCAGUCAGAUUGAAAAUGUGGUGUUGCUGCAAUAUGGAUUAUGUACUACAUACAUCGCGUUGUAGAACAUAAGAUAAGGUAAAUGGUUUUAUUAUUUAGAAAAUAAAUGGGCACUUUGACGACCUACCUAGUAAUGGCACAAAGGAAAAUGUUUUCACGCUUGGAUUAUUGCCAGAUUUUAUUUUUUAAAAAUUGAAAUUUAAAAAGAAUGAUCUAAAUUUAAGAGCAUCAGAAGCACUUAUUUUUUACUGCAUACUAAGCUUUUUCCUGUGAUUAAUUGCUUGUUAUUUUAGCUCCUUUUGUUUUAAUUUCCAGUUCUAGCACUUUAAUAGAUGGAUUAAAACAAGGAUUUGAUAUGCAAUUUGAGGUUUUAUAUAAACAAAUCCAUUGCAUUCCUCCUUUACUGACAAUCUUAAGUGCCUCACAACUUAGCUACCUUAUUUCUGAAAGGAAGCUUGUUUUGGAAAACAUUCACCAUAAAUUAGUCAUCGACAUUGUGUGAACUUUUAAGUAACAUAUACAGUGCUAUUGGCUUUCUUUUUUCUAUAAAGUUUUUAGCAAUUGCUGUUUCGAAUUAGACUCAGUUCUGAGUCUGCAGAGUUGUAACACUUAUCUGGAGAUGUAAAUGUUUUACAUUUAGUUCAAGUAAAGGGUUUUGUUGUUCUGUACUACACAUCUGCUUUCUUCAGGUAAAACAGGGUAAAAACAACAGAGAUUUUGCAUGGGGGAGGAUUCCUCAAGAUUAGUUUCAGAUUUUCAAGGCUGAAAAACAUGUGCCUUAUCUUGUGUUAAAACACUUGUAAUGUUCUUCGGAAAUAAAAGUACAAGGCUGCUCUAUGCAAAUACUUUCACUAGAAUGGAUAUCGAAAAGGGUUAACUUUUAAAUUAUGGGGGAAGAGCUGUCUCAAUAGUAAAUAGUAUUGAGGUUUACUUUUGUAAAAAAUGUCUUCACUGAUAGUCAAAGUUCGAUUGACUGCAGUUUUUAACAUUGCGGGGGGAAGGGAGGGUCUGCUAUUAAAUGUUAUCCCUGAUAAAUUGCACUCUAAAGAAAAAGUGAUCAUUUUUUCAUUUGUGAACCCACUUGAAAAGAACUAUGUGCAAAAUAUAAAAUUGAAAAAAAAUUAGUUCAAGUUCAGAGAGAUUAUCCUAGUAAUGAAAAAGAUGUUUGUAUUUUUUGUUUUCAGAAAAGCUAAAAAUAUUGCUUUGGGUUUUUUAUUUGAGAGAAUUGCUAGAAUUGUAGACACCAAUGUUUGGUGCAAAACAGUAGCAUAAUGGAAAAAUACAGAAACGUGUAUAUGUUCAAAUUAUUGCAUACUCUUGUGUGCUGUAUUGUUCAUAUGUAAUGUCUUUGUAAAAUAUUUUAAAACAGUUAAUUUUAAAGUGUUACAUCAUAUAUAUAAAGAUGAAAUGUUUACAUUCGUUGUGUAUACAUAUAAAUUACAGUGUAGGCAGUUUGUUAAAAAGGAAACAAAAAUAAACCACCUUCCUCUUGGUUGGUGUUCAUAUUGUUUAAUACAAGGACAAUUGGAGUUUUUUAACUUGAGGAGAGAGAAUAUUUUGCAAAAUUGUUGAAAAUGUGAUGCGGGAGCUUUCAUUCCACCGUUUGUGCAAUCUGCACUGAAAUAACUACAAAGCUAAAUACUGUGCAUUAGAUUUUCAUCCCAUUUCUUUGAUUUCUUCUUUGAAACACACUCUCCAAAAGUAAAACUCAUUUCCUUCUAUAGUGUAAUAUGAUCUGCUAGACAGAAUAUCAAAUUCAGUUGUAGAAUUUCAGAUGCAUGACUCUACCAAUUCCUUUAAAUAAAGUUACCAAGGGAGAAACGGAUGUCAAGGAAAUAACUUGUAUUAAUACUCUUCAUUAUUCAGGAAAGCCCUAAAAAGAAAUUGGCUUGGGGCAUGAAAUUAAAAUUUUAAAAGUUUCAAACUUCGUGAUAUCUCACGCUGAAAACAAAAAGUUUUGAUUUUAAUAGCAUCUGGAUUCACAUUUUAACAUUUAAAUUUUUAAUUUAAGGUAAGUUUUAACCAAUUUCUUGCAUUUCUAGUUAGUGUAUCACUUUUUAAGAGUGUGAAUUUGACAACCUGUUAUAUAAAUUCUGUAAAACUGAAAGAUUCAAAGGGAUAACGUACAUUUUUACAUCAGUAUAAAUAAAAAUGUAUCUGAUCAGUCUAGCUAAACCAAAACCUUCUUGUUCUAUCACUAAGUGCCAAGGAAGCAGCAGUACUAGUGUACUGCCUUAUUAUAAACAUUAGUUUUGUUAUAUACAUAAUACCAGUUUUUUUCUGUAGCUGUGCCUACAACAAACCCAUGAUUGACUGUGUAUUAGUGAACUAUUAAUCUACACCAAAUUACUUCAAAAGUGCACAGGAAAUUUUGAAUGUCUUCAUUAGCCCUCCAGUUCUGUUAUGAUAUAAGAUAUAACCCAUUGUUAAUCAGUAUUACUACCCAUUUUUGUACCAGUUUUCUUGGCUUGUUUUGCUUUAAGUUCUUAUUUCUGAUUUGCUAUGCCUGCACAUGCCAUGCAAUACGUUUCUUGGCUUAGGGUAUGUUUUUUGUAGUGUUCUUACUGACCUUCAGCAAUGUUUGUAAAACAUAAUAUAUGGUAAUAAAAUAAUCAUAUGAAUGUA